AGGCGGGAAAAUUGGGAUUCGAGCGCGCCCCCAGUUGUCACGCGCACACCAGAGCGGCGCGUUUUUAAGGAAGUAGAAGUUCAUGUGACUCCGCUGCUCUUUAACUUCCUUCAUCCGGGUACAACACACACGCGCAUAUACAUACACACACAGCGCUUCUCCAAAACAUUGUUUUGCGCAAUGAUUUUGUUACGGAAUUAGAGCAUGGCUGGUGCACUCGGGUCUCGGGCCGGUUCCAGAUGUUCACACUGGAUGUCUAAGCUUCCUCCUCAGCUCCUCGAUGUUCCUCUGUGGGAUCUCGCGAUACCCGGCAGUCAUGAUACCAUGACAUACUGCUUGGACGAGCACAGUCCAGUUCUGCGUUCAGAGCCCAGGAUACUGGUCGUGCUGGACCACAUCGCGCCCUGUGUCACGCGGCCGUGUGUAAAGAAGUGGGCCACCACUCAGGAUCUAUCCAUUUCUAGUCAGCUAGACGCAGGAAUUAGAUUUCUCGACCUCAGGAUCGCCCACAAGAAGAAAGAUUCAAAACGGACAUUCCGAUUUGCACAUGGAAUAUACUCUCUACUUACUGUAAAGGAGGUGCUCACUGACGUCGCGCACUGGUUAGAGCGUCACACUAAGGAAGUCGUGAUCAUUGCCCUGUCUGCUUUUGAUGAUGUGUCUCCCGUACAGCACAACAACCUCAUUGGCUUUUUGAUACAACUUUUUGGCAAGAAACUUUGCCCCAAAUCAGAAACCCCUUCUCUGAGAGCAUGUUGGAAACGCGGUUACCAGGUGAUUCUGUCCUAUGCUGAUCCGUCUGGGUCUGGAUAUGAGGAACUGUGGCCAGAGUGGGAUUACUGGUGGGCUAACGAGUCAGAUCCAAACCUGGUCAUUUCGUACCUGGAGCACCAGAAGAAGAAAGCAGGAAGGCCAGAUGGGUUCUUUAUGGCUGGCCUAAACCUCACUGAAGACACCAGGUACGUCCUCUGCCAUCUCACCCGGUCUAUGAAGAGCAUGACCCUCCAGGCUUUCACCGUGCUAAUGGAUUGGGUCAAAAAGCAGCGCCCUGGCUCGUGCAAAACAUCCGUCAAUAUCAUCUGUGCAGACUUUGUUGGGAUCUCAAGAAACGAAUUCUGUGAGAUUGUAAUUGGACUCAAUGCAGAACUGACCACGUAGAACAAAACGAUGCACUUUCACAAUAAGGACUUAAGUCAAUCAUUUAGUGUUGUGUCUCGAUUGCAUGGCAUAUCUUUAUUAGACGUUUGUACAGUUGAUGAUUUACAAAAUAAAUUAUUUGUAUGUCUGUAGAUAUUUAUUCCUUUAACAUUGUUUCAAUUAUUCAGUACAGUGCCAUUAAGUUAAAUGGUGCCAUAUUGAGGUAAAGUCUAGUAAUAAAGUAAAAAAGUACUGUAAAAAGUACUUUUUUAAGUAAAGUACUGUUUUAACUUUAUAUAUUCUAAAGGUUUGGGUGUUUUUAUGAUGUUUUAUAUUAAGGCAAAGUGUUAAUUUUAUCCAAUAAAAAAAAAAACUACAUUAAAGGC